AUGCCUCCCCGUCGCCGCACGGCUGCCUCCGGCCAGUCUACUCUAUCCUUCGCCCCAAAACCCCAUGUUGCCGAUCUCGUCGUCCGCCAGCAUGUCAAGCCAGCAGCCCAAGAAUCUCUCUCGGAGGAGGAUAAGCGGGCCUUGAAGAUGAGCAAACAGGAUCUGAACCGAUAUUGGAAGAAGGAAGAACAAGGCCGCUUGGCUCCUCGAGUCCACCAGAAGGAUCUAGCCAUGGAGGAGAAGAUUCUCCGCCACUUUGAUUUAUCGAAUCAAUAUGGGCCUUGUAUCGGCAUUGCUCGGAUUCAGCGCUGGCGCCGUGCCAACAAGCUCAAGCUCAACCCACCCCUCGAAGUUCUUGCGGUUCUCUUGAAAAAUGAGGAGAUCGAGAACGGGCCCAUAUGGAUGAGUUGCUUUCAUAAGAGCUCGGAGUCGAAGACGGUCUUUUCUCAAGGAGACGAGCCGAACCACUCACCGAUUGCACAGCAAGGUCACGGUGUGGGCACUGUACAUAUAGGAACGAAUUAUGGAAUACAACGAGUCAUGAAUGAAUGGGCGUUCAAAAACUCCCCCCUCAUCUACCAACGGGAAACUGCAUUGUCCCUUCUUAACCGUCGAGCCCCUUAUUUGCCCGAACUCCCACAUGAAUCUCCAGGGUCCAUUCAAGGGACUUUGAAUCCUGCGAAGAUGCAACAGUACUACUCGUAG